AUGGCGGGGCCCAUGGAGGAGGAGGAGUACGCCAAGCUGGUGAUGGAGUCGCAGCCCGAGUGGCUGCGGGCCGAGGUCAAGCGGCUCUUCCACGAGCUGGGCGAGACCACCCGCGAGAAGAUCCAGGCGGCCGAGUACGGGCUCGUGGUGCUGGAGGAGAAGCAGCAGCUGAAGCUGCAGUACGAGGAGCUGGAGCUGGAGUACGAGACCAUCCGCGGCGAGAUGGAGCAGCUCAAGGAGGCCUUCGGACAAGCUCACACCAACCACAAGAAGGUGGCCGCGGAUGGCGAGAGCCGGGAGGAGACCCUGAUCCAGGAGUCGGCCACCAAGGAGGAGUACUACGUGCGCAAGGUCCUGGAGCUGCAGACCGAGCUCAAGCAGCUGCGCAACGUGCUGACCAACACGCAGUCGGAGAACGAGCGGCUGAACUCGGUGGCCCAGGAGCUGAGGGAGAUCAACCAGAAUGUGGAGAUCCAGAGAGCGCGGCUGCGCGACGACAUCAAGGAGUACAAGUUCAGGGAGGCACGCCUGCUGCAGGACUACACCGAGCUCGAGGAGGAGAACAUCAGCCUGCAGAAGCAAGUGUCCGUGCUGAAGCAAAACCAGGUGGAGUUUGAAGGCCUCAAACAUGAAAUCAAGCGGCUGGAAGAGGAAACGGAGUAUCUCAACAGCCAGCUGGAGGACGCCAUCCGCCUCAAGGAGAUCUCGGAGCGCCAGCUGGAGGAGGCCCUGGAGACCCUCAAGACCGAGCGUGAGCAGAAGAACAACCUGCGCAAGGAGCUGUCGCACUACAUGAACAUCAACGACUCCAUGUACACCAGCCACUUGAGCUUCUCGCUGGACGGCCUCAAGUUCAGCGACGAGACGGCCGAGCCCAACAACGACGACGUCCUGGUCAACGGCUUCGAGCAGAACGGGCUGCACAAGACGGCGGCCUGCGACAGCAACAAGACCUCGACGCCCAAGAAGGACGAGGGCUUCCCGCCGGCCCCCAGCCUGGUGUCCGACCUGCUGAGCGAGCUCAACAUCUCGGAAAUCCAGAAGCUGAAACAGCAGCUGAUGCAGAUGGAGCGAGAGAAGGUGACCCUCCUGUCGACGCUGCAGGAGUCCCAGAAGCAGCUCGAGUGCACGCGGGGGGCCCUGUCGGAGCAGCACGAGAAGGUCAGCCGGCUCACGGAGAACCUCACGGCCAUGAAGAAGCUCCAGGUCAGCAAGGAGCGCCAGUCGGCGCUGGACAACGAGAAGGACCGCGACAGCCACGAGGACGGCGACUACUACGAGGUGGACAUCAACGGGCCCGAGAUCCUGGAGUGCAAGUACAAGGUGGCCAUGGCUGAGAUGGGCGAGCUGAGGGAGGAGCUGAAGGGCCUGAAGAGCCACUACGAGGCAUGCGAAGCCAGGUACGAGGAGGAGAGGAGCCGCUACGAGAACGAGGGCCAGAGCCUGGCGGAGAAGGUGGCGCUGCUGGAGAAGGCUGGGCGGCUGGAGCGCGAGCACGCCGCCCGGCUGGAGAAGGAGCUGAAGAAGGUCAGCGACGUGGCCGGCGAGACGCAGGGCAGCCUGAGCGUGGCCCAGGACGAGCUGGUGACCUUCAGUGAGGAGCUGGCCAACCUCUACCACCACGUCUGCAUGUGCAACAAUGAGACGCCCAACAGGGUCAUGCUGGAUUACUACAAGGAGGGCAAGGGCGGUGGGCGCAUCAGCCCCGAGGGCAAGGGCCGGCGCUCGCCCGUCCUGCUCUCCAAGGGGCUCCUGGCCAUCGACCUGGGCAAGGCGGAGGGCGGCAGCGGCGACAGCUCGCCCUCCCCCGGCUCCUCCCUGCCGUCCCCCGUGUCCGACCCCCGCAAGGAGCCCAUGAACAUUUACAACCUGAUCGCCAUCAUCCGCGACCAGAUCAAGCACCUGCAGGCCGCCGUGGACCGCACCAUGGAGCUGUCCCGCCAGCGCGUGGCCACGCAGGAGCUGGGGCCGGUGGUGGACAAGGACAAGGAGGCGCUGAUGGAGGAGAUCCUGAAGCUCAAGUCCCUGCUGAGCACCAAGCGCGAGCAGAUCGCCACCCUGAGGACCGUGCUCAAGGCCAACAAGCAGACGGCCGAGGUCGCCCUGGCUAACCUGAAGAGCAAGUACGAGAACGAGAAGGCCAUGGUGACGGAGACCAUGAUGAAGCUGCGCAACGAGCUGAAGGCCCUCAAGGAGGACGCCGCCACCUUCUCCUCUCUGCGGGCCAUGUUCGCCACCAGGUGCGACGAGUACGUGACGCAGCUGGAUGAGAUGCAGCGGCAGCUGGCGGCGGCCGAGGACGAGAAGAAGACCCUGAACUCGCUGCUGCGCAUGGCCAUCCAGCAGAAGCUGGCGCUGACCCAGCGGCUGGAGCACCUGGAGCUGGACCACGAGCAGGCCAAGAGGGGGCGCACCAAGUCCGCCUCCAAAGGCAAGAGCAGUAGCCCAAGCGUAAGUCACCUGCGCUCCUGCGCGGACAGGCCCGAGGCGGCCGUGCUCGGCGGCCAGGUGUUCUGCAGCGAGAAGUAUAAGAUUUACUGCGACUAGGGGGCUCUGGGGCGCCGCGGGGCCUGGGCCGCGCCCCGCUGUCCGCUGGCUUCUCCGUUGUCCGCUUCCGCCCCACUAACGUUCCGGGGAGAGGCUCCCGCUCUUUGUCCUUCCCGCCCCGUCGCACCCGCUGCCUCUGCCGGGCUUGGCCGUGAGCAUCGUGAGGGGGAUGUCCCUGGUCCGGGUUAUCGUAGGGGAGCGGACCCUUCCAUCACCAGUGUGGGCGGGUGGGGGACUUUUUUUUCUUUUCUAUUGAGGGGAGCGUGUCCUGGAGCUUGUACAUUGGGAGGCCCUCGCUGUAGGUGUAGAGCACAAACAUGCCUCCCGCCCCUUCCCGGGCCGCGUCAAGCACACAACAAAUUGCCCGGCAGGCUGGAGCUGAUGAGGUGGUCCCGGAAAUGGGGCGGUCCCAGAGACCGGGUCCUGCAUUUAAGGGUAGUUGGAUGACUUGCCCAUCAGCGGGAGUCGGACACCGCAACCAAGGUCCUUAGAAGGAAGGGUGAUGGGGGCUUCCGGGACAUAGCCGGGCUCCCAAACUUGCACAUUUCAUGUUUUCCGUAGAGAUUAUCGAGUUAUGCAAUUGGACCCCUUCGGGAACACAUAAGGUAGUAGGGUGUAUGUUGACGUAGUCUCCUGACGGUGGCUCUUGGGCCAGCCUUAGGUAGUCUCUUGCAGCAGCAUGCGAAUUUAGGAGAAGAAAUGCUGUGUCCACAGGCCGUCCACGCAUGAGCUUAGUCGGUAGGGGUAGGGAUGCCCGAGAGGGGACUGCCCCAGUGGGCGUUAGCCCCGUCCAUGGGGAGCAGGUUUUCUAAGUGAGCAAGAAAGGAUCCUUUAAACACUCCCACAUUCACACAUUGACCAUUCCAGCAGAGCCAGCCGGAAGCAGAGGAAAUUUAUCUGGCCAAGCAAGGCCCCUAGCCCACCGGAGAAAUCUGGUGACCCCGGGACUUGCAGGUAGAUUUUUAGGCCCUUGAGUCCAAUUUUCAAUGAAACAAAAGGAUCUCUGGGACUGGUGUCUGGAGAGCUAGGGAAGCCUGGAAAUGACUGCUUCUGGAGUGGGGUUUGGGGGAUUGGUGAGGCCCAAGGAGGCACAAGAUUUUGAUUUUUUUUUAAGUGCCUGAAACUAUCUUACUUUCCUUUUCCACGGGGAACCCUGCUCCUUUUUUUUUUUUUUUUUUUUUAAACAUCUGGAAUAUCCUAAAGAAUAGAAAUCGUCCAUGUGGGUGUGAUGUAAGGGUCAGCAGAUUGGAGAAGUGGGAGGUUUGGUCUUGAUUUUUUUUCCCCAAUAACUAAAUUUUCUUGGUAAAUAACUGAAGUCUGAAAAAAAGAGCAAGAAAGCUCAGUACAUGGUCUGUCUCCUAUAAUAAGUGCUCAUUUUCAUAAAUUCAAACUUCAUUUUGCCGGUGAGCCACUUGUUAUUUUAGAAGCCGAUGUACUCAUUCUGCUACUGUACCAAUCCCCCCUUCCCCCACUGUGGCCCUGUCAGUCUCAGGGGCUUCCCUUUGGGCAGGAAGCUGCACACACUCACACUCAAACACACUCUCACACACUCACACAUACCCCAUCCUGGAGGGCCUCUGGUUCUGACACACAGCCCAGUGGGUACAAAGAUUUCAAGGUGUCCGGCUCAUGGUGACUUUCCUAGUCCCUGAGAUUUCAGUAAAAAGGGAUCAUCAGUGUUACAGGGACCUGAGGUGAUGUGACUGUUUCCGUGUCCUGUCAUCGGUUUUGAGUAACCCCUCGGGUUGUCUUCAUUCUCCAUCAUUUCUCAAAGUUAUGUUUGUGAUCUGGUCCAAAACUGAGGCUGUGAAAAAAAAAAGUCCAUCCCACCAGUGUGGCUGCUCAUGUAGAUGAGGCUCUUAGGGAAGCAUCACAGGGCUUGUGUGUUCUUGGCUCUCUGCUCCUGAGCUUGAUCUGUGUCCAACCCUCGCCUCUACUUACUCGGCUCUUUGGGAUUCUUAACGUGGGAAAUUUCUUCAGCCAUCACCUACCUCCUCGAGCAGGCUCUUGUCGGUUGGAUUUCGGCGCUGGCCCGCAUGACCCACACUUCCUGCAUGUUUUUCCAGAGACCGUUUAGCUUCACUGAUAAACUCUUCCAAUGCUUCCUCCCAGCCGGCCCCUUGCUCCUGCAGCCUCUCCCUUCAGUACUUGUAAGAAAUCUUUUCUUCAGCAAAUGGUGAGCCCGUGGUCCCUGGGCCUCCGGGGUUCCAGCGCUCGGGCAGCCCCCUUCUCUCUCUGCCGGCUCAGGGGCCGCCCCUCUAACAGACAGACCGUUGGGUCCUCUCUCGCCACCACACUAACCCGCUCUGUAGCUCUCACGGCGCUAUCAGUAUUAAGAUGUCAGACCUCUUAGUGGGAUAAGUAACCUGUUUUUUCUAAUGUGAUUUCAUUUUUCCCCCUCAUUUUCAGCUGUAGAGUAGUGCCCGGAGAUGGAAUUGGCCUACAGUGCCCUCGCUCAAAUUGCAACUUUCUUAAACUGUUCAUGCUGGUGGCUAAACCAGCCCAGGGAGUUCUGGUUGCCCAAAGGAAUGGACGAAAUCCCAAAUUUCCACUCUCUUUUUUUCUUUUUCUCACGAAUAAACUACCUGCGCUCAUUUUCAAAAUUGCAUAUCCUGGGUUGGAAAAAGAAAAUCUGCACGCCUCGUGUGCCGAUAUUGCUGCAGGAAACAUUUUUUACAAGUGCUGAAGAAGCCGCCUUCAAACAAACGAUGAGUCUACUAGAAAUGUUCGGACGGGGUCGGGGGUCGGGAGGAGGGGGGACCGUCGGGGGAAGCCAUUUUGGUUGUUACCUAUAUUCCUUUCUUAUUCUGAUUGUUAAACCUGUGCACUUUUGAUAUUUUGAUAUUGUAUUAGCUUCCUUAAUUCCUCAUGUAGAAAAGAUCUAUGAGAAGCAAUGGUUAUGCUCACGGUAGGUCUCCAUGCAUUUGUACUUGUUGAUUUCUCCAGAGGCAUGUUGCAGAAAUCUGUAAGCUUUUCGGGGUUGUUUUUGCUCUAGACUCCGUUUAGAUGAGCACCCCGGCUCCAGUGGCGGGGCGGCUCUGCUAAACUGUUACGUGCUGUGCUUCAGCAGCCUUUUUUAAUUAUGAAAUGUUAUGGUUUAUGUUUUAAAUGACUGAUUUUUAACUGCCAUGUUCAUUAAGAAAUCCAGGGUAUUCAAAUUCUGGGGUUUUUUCAUAUUGUAUUAUUAUUCUUAGGAAUAGUUCAAUGUAACAAGAAGAAACUUGACUUUGCUCUGGUUAAAACAGUAAUAGGCACUUGAAAAAUAAAAUUAAAGCGAUGAAAGCAGUAGUAUUACUUGCAAACUCCAGAGAUUCUGGAUUGGAGGAGGUUGGGAAGCAUGACUGAUUAACAGAAUUUUCUACAACUGUACCAGUGAAAUUCCAAAUUGGAAUUGUUUCGUUACCUCUUUGUUUGUUGUGCCAAAUUAUGGUACAUUUAGAAAGAAAAAUUCUAAAGUUGUCAAUUAUAGGGUGUUCAAUUUCAACGCCUUUUUGUUAUUCAUUGUUGCCAGUAGUGCCUUUGCUAAUUUGAGGGAGAAUCCUAGGAUAUAGUUUUAGUCUAGAGGAAAAAAAAAGGAACCGGGACGAGCUGGUUGGGAAUUGGGAAGAUGUGGAGCAAUAAAGACAAAGUAAAGCAAGCGCCUCAGCUCAUUUGUUUUUGAAAAUGGGUCUCUUCGUAUCCCACGAGAGAUGAAAGAUUGUGCAAAAUUCUGUUAGUCAGUGAUACUUUACCAGGCGGAUCCUGGCAAAUUCAGGGCUUGAGAAAGAAAAGCAAAUGCAAAACAUUGAAUACACUUUGGGAACCAAAUGGACUUUUACCGAACAAAGAAGCAAGCUGUGCAAAAGAAGGAGGACGUUUCUGGUCGCGGCACCGAUGGGUGUUGGCUGUGGAUCUUCUGUUCGCUUUCUGUGGCAGCAGCGGUGGGCAUGGUUUAACCAUUAGUAUUCUUUGCGAAUGUGAAGGCGAGACAUUAAUAUCUUCUCUUGCAUGUGGUAUCUAAUCAUUGUAAUUUCAGGAAACAGAAACGAAUAAAAAACAAACAAAAAAAGACAGCAACAAAACUCGGAGCCCAAGCGGCUCGGGGCAUUUGUUGAAGCUGGUGGGAAUGAUUAAAUUGGUACUUCGGGAGGAAGAAGGCAUUUUUUUCCUCAAAAAAGUACAAAUUAUAAUAAUAAAUAAUAAUAAUAUAAAUGGCAGGAACAAAUGAGUUCUGUUUGCUGGAAUAAACAUUAUUAUUCCUAGAUGUGGGGACUUCUCUAUUUUCACUUUCUGUUACAGUAUUGAUUUAUAAGAAAUAUUGUUGCAUUUAAAAUAACUUCAUCUGUCUAUAUGUGGGUAUUUAUUUGAAAUGAUGUCUACGUACUGUAUUCUGUUCUCUGUGCAUUACCUUUAGCGGCGGAUUAUUGGUCCUUAUUUUAAAGUCAUAUGCAUGUACUCCUGCCAAGGAACCUUUACACAGACCCGAAGAGGCAAAAGCGUCCUCAUUCUUUGGGGAAAGGAGGAGAAAGAAUGAGGACGAGAACUCUCAAAGAGUCUAAUUUUCACGAUUGGGUAACUCUCUGUUGUCUAGGGAGUGCAAAAGUA